AUGUGCCACGGGGACAUCGCGGUGCACACGUACGAGUGGGGUGAGAGCACACGCUACCCGCUCAUGAAGCAGAAGACGCUGCACGAGUGCAGGGAGUGGGAGCCAAUUGUGGCAUGGGCUAAGCAGCAUGACCCGGCUGCACUGCUGAUGCCGAUUCUCGAACACCCCCAACUCGGCAUCAUAAAGCCCCAAGUCCUCAACAAGACGCAGGCCUGA